CAAAAGCCCACUCUCUCACAAUAAAGACAACUUCUCUCUUUUAAUGUCUCUCUCUUCUUCUUCUUCGUCUAACACCAAUUGAGAACAAGGAAGCUUGAGAGACCCCUCAAAUUCUCAAUCAAUGGAGUUUCAUCUCGAACACCCUCUCUCACAUUCUUCUCUCCACAACAACUUCAACGACGAAACAGACGAUGAUACUUUCCCACACUCUCUCUUCCUCGUCGAAUUUCAACACAUGCCUUCUUCUCAUUACUUCAAUAGCCUCAAGUCCUCUGCUUUUCUCCUCUCUAAUCGAAACCACGCCAUUUCUUCAAUCAUCCAGUACUCCAGAAAACUCGACGACCCAUCUCUGACGUAUCUUGCAGUGAAUUAUCUAGACAGAUUCUUAUCCAGCGAAGAUAUGCCGCAAUCAAAGCCUUGGAUUCUCAAGCUUAUCUCUCUUUCUUGUGUCUCUUUGUCUGCCAAAAUGAGAAAGCCAGAGAUAUCUGUCUGUGAUCUUCCGGUGGAAGGUGAGAGAUUCGAUGCUCAGAUGAUAGAGAGGAUGGAGAAUUUGAUUUUAGGAGCUCUUAAAUGGCGAAUGCGCUCUGUUACUCCAUUCUCCUUCUUCGCCUUUUUCAUUAGUCUCUUUGAGCUCAAAGAAGAUUCUUUAGAACUAAAACAUUCCCUCAAAUCUCAAGCUACUGAUCUCACUUUCAAUCUCCAACAUGAUAUCAAAUUCCUCGAGUUUAAACCAUCAGUAAUCGCAGGAGCUGCACUUCUCUUUGCUUCUUCUGAGCUCUGUCCGCUACAGUUUCCAUGUUUCAGUAACAGAAUCUGCCAAUGCACAUAUGUAAAUAAGGAUGAGCUAAUGGAGUGUUACAAAGCAAUAAGAGAGAGAGAUGUAGUUGAAGAAAACGAAGGAAGCAACGAAACAGCAGUAAAUGUGCUUGAUCAGCAAUUCUCGAGCUGUGAAGAAAGCGAUAAGAGCAACACAGUCACAGCUUCUUCACCUAAGAGGAGAAAGACUAGCACUCGUCCAUGUUAAGCUGAAAAGGCGGUUUAUGGACAGACAUAAUCCAUUACUGAUGCAAUCACUUAAGCCACUUGAAAAAAAGAAAACCACUUCUUGGUCCCCUUUUGAAAGAGACACUUGCUUUGCUUCCUUCUUUUUCUCCAUCAAUCUGAUUCAAAAAAUAAGCCAUUCUCCCAUAUGGAAGACAAGAGAGUGAUGAAUGAUCAAAGACGAAAUCUCGGGUUCCGUUCUUCAUUGUUCCUUUGGACCACAAUCACAGAAACUCAAAAAAAAAAAAGAAAAAAGAUCAAUGUGUUAUUAUCUAUUUUCAUGUUCUGUAUUUACAGUUUUGGUUUCUGCAGUUAAGUUGUUUCACUUGAGGGGGAAUAAUCAAUAAAUAUUGGCCCGUUCUUAUGUAUAUAUGUAUAUAACCAAUGGUUAUGUUACUAUAUAAUAUGAACAACAAUGUGGUCACGAGAAAAAAAUGAGUUACUAUGGAUUUUUUUUUUUU